CCGCGAAUCAGAGGCGACGCGUCUUUCGCCGCGACUCGCGCAGGAAGCGCCGCCAUGGCUUUUCCCGAUCGCUGAGACGCCGCUGCUGCCGAAAGGGCUGCUCAGAUGAGCAGUACUGGACCCAGCCCAAUGUCAGCUGUUCCAUCUAGCAGUGGAAGAGGGACUGGGAGAUCAACAAACUUUAUUCUAGAAUUGCAAAGUAUGAUGUUUUCCUUAGGAGAUGCUCGCAGGCCCCUACAUGAAUCAGCAAUAUUGGUUGAAGACAUUGUCCACACUCAACUGAUCAAUUUGUUCAGCUGGAGCGUCGUCAGUCUGAUCAUCUCUCGUCCAAAAGCUGGGAGACAGCAACAAGAGGAGGAGUCUUUCAACUAUCAGACUCGAUCUGGGCUGAAUCGCGUCAUCAACCCACGUGUGACCACUGGCCUCUCCACUCUCAGAACGGACGUUCAGUUGCAACAAGCCUCUGAAGUGUCUCAGAUGAGAGGUGCUAGAGUAAUCUCUGCAGAAGAUCUUAUUUUUUUGAUGCGCAAAGAUAAGAAAAAACUUCGAAGAUUACUUAAAUACAUGUUUUUCCGAGAUUACAAAUCUAAAGUUGUCAAAGGCAUUGAUGAAGAUGAUCUUCUUGAAGACAAAUUCAGUAGCAGCACUAACAAACGUCAGAAAACUGCUCAAGACUUUCUUAUUUCUAUUGAUCAGACUGGGGAGCUCUUGGCCUUGUUUGAAGAUGAUGAGAUAGAUGAUGUAAAGCAAGAGAGAAUGGAGAGAGCAGAAAGACAAGCACGAGUGAUGGAUUCAGCACAAUAUGCAGAAUUCAGUGAAAGCCGUCAGUUGAGCUUUUCUAAAAAAGCCUCCAAAUUUCGAGACUGGUUGGACUGUAGUAGCAUGGAAAUAAAACCAAAUGCAAGUGCUAUGGAAAUGCUGGCUUAUUUAGCAUAUGAGACGGUAGCACAGUUGGUGGACUUGGCCCUUUUGGUCAAGCAGGAUAUGAUACCGAAAACUGGUGACCCUUUUAGUCAUGCAAUAUCUGCUACUUUUAUUCAGCAUCACCAUUCUGAGAUGCAUAUUUUAGGGCAGGCUGCAAGUAUGAAAAGUAAUCCAGACUCACCUGAUAAUACUCCACCACCAACACCCACCCUGCCAUCAAUAGGCCUGCAGUAUCUUGGGAAAAUUCAGUCUGGGACCAUGGGGAAUGGCAGCACUGGACAAGAUACUUCCAAAGUCAAACAGCGAAAGAAAAAGAAAAGUACUGCAGCUUGUGCAGAAGCCCAGAGUGAUGCCAUCCAGCCUGCCCACAUCAGAGAGGCCAUUCGACGCUACGGCCACAAGAUUGGACCCCUUUCCCCUUACACAAGCGCCUACCGCAGAAAUGGGAUGACUUUUCUGGCUUGCUAAUAUGGAUGUGCCUACAGCAACAGGAAAGACAGUGUUAUAUUAAGGACGGACUCAUUGCCAAAAGUUGCUGCUGUAGAGCUAAUCAUAAGAGCCAAGGACUUAAAGAGUCCAAAUACUGGACAUUCACUAUAACCAGCCUUAUACGGAUCAAUCUCUUUAGAAGUCAAUGUUUAGAUGUGGUUACUUUACUGAAUUAUUGCAAUUGAUAUAUUCAGUAUUAUGCUUUCCAUAGUGGCAUAAUUAUACUUUAAAAACAUUUUUGCAUGUCAUUUUUCUGGAAUUGAUCUGAUGUUAAAGAACUAAAAAUAGUGUAUACAGUAAAGAAGAAAACCCAUUGCUGAUGUUCUGUCUGUGCUUGCUGAAAUGUAUGAUUAAACCUUUCUUUUUAUCAUGAUUUCUUAUUUUUCUUGGCAUCCAUAAUGAUGGAAAAUUAUAUGCUUGCUGUAAACAUCCAGACUUUUUAAAGGACACCAGCAUUUAUUGUAUUUGGUUUCGAUCUGCAGGCAUAUAUGCAAAAAGAAAACAUUUUAGGCCAAGAAUACUGGAAUAAAAAUUCUUUCUCUAGAA